AUGCCAGGGAUUUUUCUUGAUGAUUUGCAAGGUAUUCCUAACUUGCGAAAUUUGAAAUGUCUAGAUCUUCAUGGUUGUGAACUAUCAUCGUUACAAUGGCCAGAGAUCAUCAAAUUAUCAAAAACUCUUCGCGGUCUUAAUUUGGAAGGAAAAAAGUUGACAAAUCUACCUAUUGAAUUGGUACACAUGGAACAAUUAACAUAUUUAAAUUUAUAUGGCAAUCCAUUGUCGAACAGUACACGAAUGAAUAUACAAAAUAUGUUUAUCAACAAUACGAAAGUUAAAAUCAGCUACGAGCCUAAUACUUAUUGGGAAAAUGUAUGUGGCUGA